UUUCGAGUGAGCAGCGGCUCACCUUCAUUCAGGUGUUUAUAUAAUGACGCUGGCCAAAUUGUCGAGGUGAAAGUUUAGCUGCAUGUGAACGGGGAAAUGCAAAUGUGAAAUUUAUAAAUGAAAAUGUUUGUGGAGGUGCAACAUAUUUAGUGGGUUCGACUUGCCCAAACUCAUUUGGCAGAAAACUAAGUCCAAAGUGCAGAGCAGAAACUCAGUUCCUCGUGAUAAGUUCACGGUUAAUCGGAGGUGAAAGCCCAGAGCCGGAGGAGAUGCUGCUGCGACGCUUUCUAGGCUAUGGCGUCGUGGGCGCCGGACUCGCAUCCGCCGGCUGGAGCCUGCACACCAACGACUACGACCCCAACUCCCUGGGCAUUGUAAGGCUGUCACGAUCCGCCGCCGCCGUCGUAGACGUGGCACUCACAUACAAGCGCGAGCUCUACUACAGGGAAUGGGACAAGGAGACGCCCGAGUACAAGGCGGAGAAGAGCCGGGUCCACAAGAUUGCCGCCCAGAAGCUACUCCAGCUGAUCUGCACCAACAAGGGCGUCUACAUCAAGGUUGGCCAGCACAUAGGGGCACUGGAGUACCUGCUGCCCAAGGAGUUCGUGCAGACCAUGAAAGUUCUGCACUCCGAUGCGCCGCAGAACCCCAUAGAGGACUUAUACAAGGUGAUCAGGCAGGAUUUACGCUGCAACCCGGAGGACAUCUUCGAUAGCUUCGAGCGGGAGCCACUGGGCACCGCAUCGCUGGCCCAGGUGCACAAGGCGCGCCUGAAGAGCGGCGAGGUGGUGGCUGUCAAGGUGCAACAUCCAUACGUCAAGGGUAACUCCCGAGUGGACAUGAAGACCAUGGAACUGGCUGUCAAUGUGCUAGCGCGGAUAUUUCCCGACUUUAAGAUCCACUGGCUGGUGGAGGAGUCCAAGAAGAACCUGCCCAUUGAGCUGGACUUUCUCAACGAGGGACGCAACGCCGAGAAGGUGGCCAAGCAGUUUGAGAAGUACUCCUGGCUGAGGGUGCCCAAGAUCUACUGGCAGUUCAGCUCCUCUCGCGUCCUGGUCAUGGAGUACCUGGAGGGCGGCCAUGUGACGGACCUCGACUACAUCCGGCGGAACAAAAUUGACACUUUUGCAGUGGCAAACCGCAUUGGGCAGCUCUACUCCGAGAUGAUCUUCCGCACUGGCUUUGUGCACAGCGAUCCGCAUCCGGGAAACAUCCUAGUGCGUCGCACGCCGAAGAACAGUCUGGAAAUCGUAUUGCUGGAUCACGGACUGUAUGCCAAUCUGACGGACAAGUUCCGGUACGAUUACUCCAAGCUCUGGCUGAGCAUCCUCAAUGUGGACCGCAAAGCCAUGCGGCAGCACAGCGAGCAGCUGGGCAUCAAGGGCGAUCUGUACGGUCUGUUUGCGUGCAUGGUGACCGGAAGGCCUUGGGAGACGGUGAUGCAGGGCCUGACCAAAGUCAAAUAUUCCAAAGAAGAGAAGAACACGCUGCAGAACAACACUUCGCUUGUGCUACCGCACAUUUCCGAUGUCCUUGAGCAGGUAGACCGCCAAAUGCUGCUCAUUCUGAAGACCAAUGAUUUGAUUCGUGGCAUCGAGGCCACGCUGCGCACGCAAAACCGGAUGACCGCCUUCUGGGUUAUGUCCAAGUGCUGUGUUCAAUCCUCCUACGCCGAGCAGCGCACCCAGCAAUCCGCCUCCGGCUCCCGUUCCUCGAGGAUAUUUUGGCUACGGUUACGCGAACGAUGGGAUCUGUUAAAGCUCAAUUGCUACUACCUCUAUCUGGGACUGAUUAACUUCGGCUUUUUCGAAGCACUCAAACAGGUUAUUUAAGGCUGAAUGUGGUCCCCCAAUUAAAAGUACAAAAUUGUUGUCGAGCCUGGAAAGGGAAA